AUGCAGGUGGGAGAGGAAGUGGUUUCAUUAGGAAAGAUUGCAGGCCCAAUAGUAAUAACAACACUGCUUCUCCACUCAAGAUCAGUAAUCUCCAUGCUUUUCCUCAGUCAUCUAGGCAAAGAAGAGCUCGCCGGUGGGUCACUCGCCAUGGGGUUCGGAAACAUUACCGGUCUCUCCGUCAUCAAAGGUCUUUCAAUGGGGAUGGAUCCCAUUUGUGGUCAAGCCUUUGGAGCCAGAAGAUAUUCAAUCCUUAGCCAAACCUUCCACAGAACAUUAUGUCUUCUUCUACUUAUCUCCAUCCCUAUUUCAAUCCUUUGGCUAAACGUGGAACCCAUUUUCCUACGCUUAGGUCAAGAUCCAGAAGCUACCAAAAUCGCCAAAGUUUACAUGGCUGCCUUCAUCCCUGAGCUCAUAGCUCAGUCUCUCCUCCAUCCCAUGAGGACUUUCCUUAGAGCUCAAGGCAUUAGCACUCCUCUCACCAUUGCUGCCAUUGUUGCUGUCCUCCUCCACCCUUUGGUCAACUACAUUUUCACAAUAUAUUUCCAGUUAGGGGUUAAAGGCAUUGCAUUAGCACUUGCUUGUAACACGUUCAAUAUAAACCUGGGGUUAGUAAUUUACAUGGUCAUCUCAGAAAAUCCUUUGAAACCAUGGCAUGGGGUCACAAUUAUCUCAAUCUUUCAAGGCUGGCGUCCACUGCUAGCACUAGCACUACCUAGCCUCCUUUCAGUGUGCUUAGAAUGGUGGUGGUAUGAAAUAAUGCUGUUUCUUUGUGGCUUACUCGACAACCCCAAAGCCAGCGUUGCAGCCAUGGGAAUCCUCAUACAAACAACGGGCAUGUUAUAUAAUUUCCCGUUCUCAAUGAGCGCCAGCAUUUCAACAAGGGUCAGUCAAGCAUUAGGGGCCGGGCAACCAUCGAGUGCUCACCGGACCGCGGUGAUCGGCCUCCUCAUGGCCUUCGCUUUCGGACUAUCGGCCUUCGUUUUCAUGACAGCACUGAGAUCAUGGUGGGGGAAGUUGUUUACCGAUGAACCACAAAUCCUCCAUCUCAUCUCAACUGUGCUUCCGAUACUGGGGCUUUGCGAAGUGGGGAAUUCACCACAAACGGCUGCUUGCGGCGUCUUGACGGGGACUGCCCGUCCUAAAGACGGUGUGUACAUAAACUUAUGCUCGUUUUACCUGAUAGGAUUGCCUGUUGCAAUAGUGACAACAUUCCAACUGGAAAUGGGGUUCGUGGGACUAUGGGUUGGGCUACUAGCAGCUCAAAUGUCAUGUGUGUGCAUGAUGGUGUACACACUGAUUCGAACCGAUUGGAAGCACCAGGUGAAGCGAGCUGAUGAACUCACCCUUGCCGCAGGAGGCAACGAUGAUUUAGAAACCAGCCUACUAAUUGACACAGAUAAUUGA